UAAUCAAUCGUGCGGAUGUAAAACAUUUGGCGACAGCUGUUGAGAAGCAGGCGGACGUACGUAGAGAAGACGGAGACUUUGAGUCUGUGACGCUGAGCUGCACAACAACAAGCCUCUCCUUCAGCCUGCUGAACACACGAGACUCCCCGAAAUCUGUGGCGAGCUGCAGCCCUGCGACUACAGGCGCGAGGAUCCGUCAUGAAGUGUGGACGCAGGCAUUGAGACAAAACAAAGAUGCUGAUGUCUGGGACGCUCCCCCGCCUCCUCCUGGCCGGGACCUGUCUCUGUAUCUAUGGAAAUCCUGUCCACGUCUCAGACCUGCUCCCCACACAGGACGGAGUAACAACUGUUAGGUCAACACAAACCCCAGAUGUAGAGUCUGAACCCACAGGUACCGAGCAUGUGACUGGACUGAUGUUGGAUGUAGGUGCAGGAGGAGGGGCUGGCCCGCAUGGAGCACCUGAGGAAGCAGCCCAAUUGAUGCAGACAGAAAACAGGGGCGGCCUCGAUGGAAGAUCUGGGCCAAGGGAGGCUGGAAUAGAAGCACAAAUGAGCCAAAUGAGCAAGGAAAAGAAGGUCGGGAGCACAUCUGAGAUGGGAGACACUUUCAGACAGUCAGAAAGAGCUUCAGUGCUGCCUGUUGAGGAGGAUAUUGCCAGCACCAAAGAUCCAACAGGUGGGAGGAAGCAGUUGGACUUUUUAUUAGAUUCCUCUACAGCCAGGGGGAGCAAAGACCAACGUGUUGAGGACCUAACAAACCAACCAGCAUACGUUUAUUCUGUCCAGUAUAAAAACCCAGAAACAGGCCUUCCAUCCUCUACAGAACCUCCAAAUCCUGGAGCAACCAUCCAGAAACUGACCUCCUACAGUCCCAUCUUUUUCUCCCCUCAGACCUACACACCUUUGUCCCUUUGGGGUCAAGAUGGAGCUACAACAUCCUCUCUCCAAGACCCCCUUUUACCUGAAAUCGGACCAAACCUGAUGCCAAAAGAGGAUGGACCAGAAAGCCUGUGGACGGAGGCUGCAAGGUCUGCUGGAGUGGACACGGUGGUCCCGCUGUCUCUGGAUGAAGCCACAGAGGGCACCAUGUCAUCAGAAGCCCUCCCUCUCAUCUUUGAGCCUUUUGAAGAUGUCCCAUCCGAAGGGGUACUGGCAGCAGAAGCAGCACCGGCAGUGCCAGACAUUGCUCAGCCUCCUGCUGCCAUGGCAACCGCAGGAAUGGACGUGGACCCGCAGCUGGUCACCAUGGAGACAGACAGCAACGGUCCCUCACUGGCCCCUCCUCUUCUGACGCCAGACUGGACAUCACCCUGGCAGACGUCUGGUGCUGAGCUGCUGGAGCCAAUCAGCUCUUCAGGACCGUCUGUUUCACAGCGACAAGCAGGAAGUGAGCUGCAGGAUCACAUGGAGAGAGGAACUGUGAGGACACCCGACCUCGAAGAUAAGUUGCCUACCACUGGCCCCACCUUAUCUUCCUUCCCGCAUGCUAUGACAACUGUAACCAUGGCAACCCAUCAGCUGGCACACAAAUCUAGAUCGGGGUUAGAGGAGAUGGAGUCUGAUGAAGAGCAGGACGAUGAUGAGGAUGACGAGAACUCAGAGGAGUCAGUGGAGGAAGAAAGUGAAGAGGACCUCACAGAAACUCCUAAAAUGUUCUCCACGCCACCUCCAUACAGCCUCAUUCCUCCACCUCCUGUGUGGGUUCAACGCAACCAGGGGCUGAUGCGGAGCUGGCUAGAGCUGAUUAGAGAAAAGGCAGGUUAUGUGUCUGGGAUGUUGGCCCCUGUGGGCAUUGGCAUCACUGGAGCCCUGCUUAUUGUUGGAGCGCUCUACAGCAUCAGGAUGAUUCACCGUAAGAGGAGGAACAGCUUUAAACACCAGAGGAGGAAGGUCAGGCAGCAAGAGCAACCUCGGGAGCCUGGGACCAGCGGUCAGGACCAGGCCAUGCUGCUGGCCGACAGCUCCGAGGACGAGUUCUGACGAGAUCCUUUUGGGCUCCUUUUGUUAGUGACCAAUGGCUGAUGCUCCUGUAAAGGAGGCCUGUCGACCAUCCCCAUUGCUAUGACUACCACAUCUCCAAUCACCGGAGGCUGUUUCAUUAUGACUCAUCUGAUCCUCACCGUGUGACUGAGUAUAGGACACAGUUUGCACAGGCUGCACAAAGGUCAGCUUUGUAUUCCCCCUUUUCUAAAAGUACCGAUGUGAGCACUUUCCUGAAUGUUGUCAGGUGAUGUUGACUUUAAUGGUUGGGCAGGGCUGGUGUGAUGCACUUUGACAUUCAAAAUAAUGUUGCUGCUGGUAAAAUAAAAAAAACAUUGCUAGUUAUUUAAAGUUUUGUCUUUGUGGAGUUGAGGGGGAAAAGCGUGGACAAGCUGGUUUUCUGUCAAGUAAUAUAAAGGGCUGUAGAGGAAUUACAUUACAUAAACAUUAUGUGAAUACAUGUGCUGUUAAUGUAGCUGACUUGAGGUCAGUCAUGUUAAUGUAAAUAAAGUUUAAGUUCUUAA